CCUCUCCACAGUCAUUACCGGGGUCCAUUGACGAGGAGAUGGCCAACAACAGCCCUGGUGGUAAUGAUGAGGAGGAGAGUUGUGACGGUGACGGCGACGACGUAUCUGAUGAAGGUUUCGAGUCCGAACUGACCGACUCAAGAGGAAAACAAAAGCAUCAGCUUCUGAUUAACAUGGAUCUUCUGUCCGAAGAACCAGUCGAGGCAACAGAACUCGGGGCCGCGUCCACAAUCAUGUCAGAUUAUCAACAACCACACACAUUCUUGGAAGUACCCGCUCUGGAGUUGCCAGGGAGUGCUUUCAACAUGUUUGAUCCCAGCUGCAUAGGCAACUCAGAUCAUUCAUCGGCCAACUCGGCGUCUCUAACUCCGGACACCGAUUGGACUUCUUGGCUCAAUUCGCUUGAGGCCGACACUUCAGUGUCGCCGGAUUCGCGGCCCUCGUGGUGGGAUGAAGGUUCAACUGAGCAACAUUACUUUCACGACUCCGGCUACGGAAGUUCGAUUGACGUCAACAUGGCAAGCAUUUCGCAUAGUAAUCAUGGCCCAAGGGCUAGGAAGCAUGUGAAAGGCGAGGCUUCUCCAAGAGCUUCUGUCAGGCCAGUGGCUCGCACAGAGGACCCGUUAAGGGACAAUGGGCAGAUGGGUCUUAUUACUUUGUCUCUGGAUCAAGUAGACCCAAUAAUCGCCAACGAGAUAAUAGGGAGCGUCCUAAAGCACAGUGCUGGUCUUAGGAUCAACUGCACCGUCAACAAUCACUCAUGACUCUCAAGAAUACUGUACAUGCACUGUUUAUAGCUCGCAUAUUAGAACAUUGUCCUAAAAAGUCGAAAUCGCAACAAAUCCCCC